AUGGCUCCCGUCCUCUCCAGCCUCGGCCUGGCCGCCUUCCUGCUCGGUCUGGCCUCCGCCCAACGACAAAUCGGCCCUGAGGAGAACCACCCAGCCCUGACAACCUGGCGCUGCACCAAGGCCGGUGGUUGCACCGAGGUGAACAACUUCGUCGUCCUCGACUCCCUCGCCCACAACGUCUACCAGGAGGCCAACGGUGCAAGCUGCGGCUCUUGGGGCAACCCGCCCAACGAGACGGCAUGCCCGACCAAGGAGGCGUGCGCGGAGAACUGUGUCCAGGAGGGUCUGGAUGACUACUCCCGUGUCGGCGUCACCACGGACGGCGCGGCCAUGACCAUGUACCAGCUCAAGGACGGCAAGCAGGUGUCUCCCCGCGUGUACCUGCUCGACCCGGCCAAGGAGAAGUACGAGAUGAUGCACCUGACGGGCAUGGAGUUCACCUUUGAUGUUGACGUCACGCGCCUCCCAUGUGGUAUGAACAGCGCGCUGUAUCUGUCCGAGAUGUACGCAGACGGCGGAAAAUCGAGCUUGAAUGAAGGAGGCGCUACUCACGGCACCGGAUACUGCGAUGCUCAAUGCUACACGACGCCGUUCAUCAACGGCGAGGCCAACAUUGAAGGAUAUGGAGCUUGUUGCAACGAGAUGGACAUCUGGGAAGCCAACUCCCGCGCCAGCCACGUUGCGCCUCACCCGUGCAACCAGACGGGCGUCUACCUCUGUGAAGGCGAAGACUGUGCUUUCGAGGGCGUCUGCGACAAGAACGGAUGCGCGUGGAACCCGUACCGCAACAACAACCCGCACGAAUACGGCCGUGGCGCCAACUUCUCGGUGGACACGACCAAGCCCUUCACCGUGGUGACGCAGUUCCCGGCCAACGCAGCGGGCGAGCUCUCCGAGAUCCAUCGGCUGUACGUGCAGGACGGGCGUGUCAUCCGUAGCGAGACGGUCAACAACCCGGACCUGCCGCAGGUAAACUACCUCAACGACGAGUUCUGCGCGGCGACCGGGUCGCGGAGGUUUACCGAGCUCGGUGCGCACCGGGAGAUGGGCGACUCGUUUGAUCGGGGCAUGGUGCUUGCUUUCAGCAUCUGGUGGGACGAGGGCGGUGCGAUGCGCUGGCUGGACGGUGCGCCGGAGGCUGGGCCGUGUAAUGAGACGGAGGGUUUCCCGGUGAAUGUCGUCAAGGUUGAGCCGAACCCCGUCGUUACUUUCAGCAACAUCAAAUGGGGCGAGCUUGGUUCGACGUUCAAGCCUGAGUCAUGCCUCGUCGUCGACUCUCAACCGAAGCAAGAAAGUCAUGACAAGAUGGAGUCUGUGACGGAAAGGCAUUUCUUCCACCACGGCGCCUCGGAGCCGGCAGGUACGAAGGCCUCUGCACGAGCCCUUGAAAAAGAGCGCGAGAACUGCCAUUGGUGUCAAAUUAGAAGCUAUCCGAACAACAAGGCCUACCCAAUCACGAUCAUAAACGAGGAAGACGACGCUACGAUCCCCUCCACCUUCCGCUUUCUGCAAGACUCCAAGCUCGGGACUGGCGUCCAGGCCGCAGAGGAUAGUUUCCGAACGGGCUGCGGAUGUUCCGACGACACCGAAUGCCAGUACAGCGGCUGCCAUUGUCUUUCGGAGCAGUUGAACGACCCCCAAGCCGGGGGCGAGCCCCGGAAAAAGGAGUAUAUGUACCACACGAGCGGAUCGAAGGCUGGAUUGUUAAGGUCCAAGUACCUCGACUCGUCGCGGCCCAUUUACGAGUGUCACGAUGGUUGCGCCUGCAGUAAGGACUGCCCGAACCGCGUCGUCGAGCGCGGCCGCAAGGUGCCUCUGCAGAUCUUCCGCACCGACAGGACCGGAUGGGGUGUGCGGCCGCUUGCCGACAUCAAGAAGGGUCAAUUCGUCGACAAGUACAUAGGCGAAAUCCUCACGCCCCAGGAGGCGCAACGCCGGCGCAACCAGUCCGACAUUGCGCAGCGAAAAGACGUAUACCUGUUCGCCCUCGACAAAUUCACCGACCCGGAUUCUCCAGACCCGCGCCUGCGAGGACCUCCCCUCGAGAUCGACGGCGAGUUCAUGUCCGGCCCGACGAGAUUCAUCAACCAUUCUUGUGAUCCGAACCUGCGCAUCUUUGCUCGAGUGGGUGACCACGCCGACAAGCACAUCCACGAUAUCGCCAUGUUCGCGUUGCGAGACAUUCCCGCGGGAGAGCAGCUUACCUUCGACUACGGCUGCUGUCUCUCUCGUUCCCCGGGCGGGCAAAACUCACACAACUCAGCCUCGAACAACGCCCGUGCAAUCAACCCAUCCGGCCCCGGCGCCGCCCACCGUAGUGCCCCCGAACGCCGCAUAAACAAGCCUCUUCGCCGGCAUAAGUGGACCUCGCACGACCGUCGUGUCUGGACUCGCGCCACCCUCGACCGUGAGCGCACCGCCUUCUUCGAUACCCGCGUCACUGGCCAUCCCGAAGUCUGGCAGAUUCUACACACCGUUGUGCAAAAGCUUUGGAUACCCGUCGACCUUAACCACGGUGUCACCGACGAAGGUCUCGCUGACGCCCAAGCCAUCCUCGACGCGGGAGAAAUUACACUGCCUACAGGGGACUUGGCUCAAGGCGCCUACGACUCGACCGGCCAAUACUACCAACUCAACGAGUGGGUCGUGGCUGAUCCCCCGAAUAUCAUGGACACGGAGCAAUACCCCAUGGGCGGAGACGGAGGUGACGACGCACGGGAUCUCAAGGACCACCUGGCAGGCGAAGAGCUCGAGAAUGAGACUACUCAGCGGAAAGAGGAGAAGGGCAAGGCCGUGUCCCAGGAAGUGCGGGCUCGCCUUAGCCUGAACGACCAGAUUGUAACAGUCUCCUUCCAAAGUUCUGACACCAUCGAAACCAUCGCGGCCAGGAUUCUCGCUGCAUCGGCACUCUCCAAGAAAAAGAUCCGCCUCUUUUUCCUGGGCAGGGUUUUGAAACCAAAUCUGACUCUGGAAGAACAGGGCUGGACGCCUGAGAAGACGGUCAAUGCUUAUGUCUUCGACCAGUAG